UUUGUGUUUGUGGAGAUAAUCUAGUGAAAAAAAAACCUGCAACAACAAAAUUGAAAAAUAAUCCAGAUAUAUAAAUACGCCUCUACCACCACUAUCAACCACAACCACUAUAUAAUUUUCUUUAUUAUGGAUCAAUUUCGGAGAUGGUAGUGGAAUUGGUUUUUUUUUUUUUUUUUUUUUGGUCUUCCAAUGAAAAUGUAUUAGCAGCCCGGAUACACAAUGUUGCUGUUGUCUUUUUUUUUCAUUUUUCGGUUUGGCAAUGAUCUUCAUAUAUCAACGAUGAUGAUGAUGAUGAUGAUGAUCUGCGACGAUGUUGUUGUGUUGAUUCAUUUUAUAAUCAUAACCGAAUCACACGUCAUAGUUUUAUAUUAACUAGUUCCGGUUGCUACUGCCUAUGUUUUUUUUGUUGCCACUGCUGCUGUGGCCCUAGUUGUGUGGAGUCGUGUCGUGUGUAGUUCUUUAAUUGACAAAAAUGUAGUUGUAGAUAAAAAAAAUUUUGUUUGUUGGAUUCAUGAGAUUAGAGUUUGAAUCGAAAUUUAUAGGAAUCGUCGUCGUCGUCGUCAUCGUAGAAGUCUAUGUCUUAGAAGUAUGCAACACACACACACACACCGAUAUAGAAUCGUAUCGUUUACGAAUACACGGGAUUUUUUUUUGUUGUUGCUGUUGUUGUUGGACCUCAUUUUUUUGGCAAAAUGCCUUUCACACCAUCAAACACACUAGCUAAAAAUUGUUCAUCUUUUAUUUUCAUAAUAAAAUAGCAAACAACAACAACAACAAAAAACAACAGUUGAUGUUAUAUUGAACAUACACGGCGGUUAUAUUGUCAUCAUCAUCAUCACCAUCAACAACAACCAUCAUAUGAUGAUGAUGAUGAUGAGUUAUCUCUGUAGUGUUCAUUCGUCGGUAAUACUUUGUUCGGUACGGAUCGUUUUUUUUGGUGAACAAACGACGGUACAUACGAUUUUCACUUAUAUAAAAUUUUCGUUUUGUGAUCAUUUGUAGCCAAUAGAAUUUUGAUUUUGUGUACAAAAAUUGAUUCUUUCGCAUAAACAAAACAAUCCGUACAUGAAUUAUACAAGCGCCUGCAUUAUAUUGAUAAACAAAUUCACAUUCAUUGAAUCGUUCAAUUUAAUUUAAUAAAAUCAUCAUCAUCACAUCAUCACCAGUGCAAUUACAACAAUAAUCAUGAUUACAAUGUCAAAAGAAAAUGGUCGUAAUAUGAAUCGUUGUCGCAAUUCACGUGAUGAUACCGAUCGUUUAAUGGCCCAGAAACAAAAAGAACGAAUGUUUUUUCAUAGUUUUCUACAUAAAAGAUGCAAAUUAUGUAGUACAAAAUUUAUUCCUGGAUAUUGUCCCAAUUGUUGUUCACCGAUGUGUCAACAUUUUUUCAACAAUAAAAACGAAUGGAACAAAAAAUUUCAAAAAAAUUCAACGCAAAAUCAACGUGAAAAUUAUUCGAAUUCGAUCAUGUCAUCUAUGAAUUCGAAUUUAUUACAAUCAUCGAUUGUCAUCACUGGUUCGACGAUCGAUUCUGGUAGUAAUCUUAUUGCUGCUCAUCGUGCACGAACUGAUGGGUCAUCAUCGUUUGUUGUCGAUAAUAACAGCAAACCAAUUUUGAAUCGAAUUCAAUCACCAUUUGUUAAUGAAAAUAUCAUGUCUGUUGUUCCAUCUGCACCGAGUAUUGGCCAUCAAUUGUUUAAUAAUGAAAAAGAAGCCGAUAUUGUAUUUCUUGUUGGACCCGAUAAGAAUAAAUUAUGGCGAUUUCCAGCACAUAGCGCUUUCUUAAAAGAUAUUAGUCCAUAUUUUGCAACCAUUACGAAUGAUCCAAACAACAACAAUAACAAAGAGAUUAAAAUUGAUUGGUGUGAUCCAGAGAUUUUCGAAAUCAUUCUCAAAUAUGCCUAUCUUGAAGAAUUGACAUUAAAUUCCAUCGAAAAAACAUUGAAACUUUUCGAAGCAUCUAAUCGUUUUCAAAUGUUUUCAUUGUCAAAACAUUGUCUUACAUUCCUUUUGGUUAAAUGUAAUAAUGAAAAUGUUAUUAAACAAUUGGCAUUUUUCAAACAUUAUUUUCAAAUACUUCCAUUGGAAAAAUUCUCACCAUCACAUCAGAUGAUUUCCAAAGAAUUACUAGAUCCAAUCAUGCAACUUGUUCGUCGUUGUUUCGAUAUCAUUGAUUAUGAUGGCAACAAAAUUCUUGAUUCUGAAGAGUUUUUACUUUUUUCAAAUCCAGAAUUGGUUGUAGCAAUUCUUUCACGAGACACAUUAAAUGUUUCAUCCGAAUUGGAUGUUUAUAAUGCACUUUGUCGAUGGGCCAAUCAUCAAUGUAAACAGCAACGAUUAGAAUUGACUGCUGAAAAUAAACGACAAGUAUUGGGUGAUUUAAUUUAUCUACCUCGUUAUCUGAUCAUGAAACGAGAUGAAUUUAUGGAUGGCCCAUACAAAGAUGAAAUAUUGAAUAGUGAUGAAAAGCAAAUUCUUUUGAAUAUAAUGAUGAACGAUAAUAAUAUUGAACUGCCUGAUGCAAUGAAACCGUACAAAAUGCGAAUAACGCGACAUUACGAAUCAACAAACAUUGAUUGUGAUAAUAACAAUAAUGAUGAUAAUCAAGCCACAAUUAUACAGCCAAGAUUAACCAAAUCAUUGAGCUAUGAAAAAGGUUUUAGUGAGAAAAAGAAACGUUCAGUACAAAGAAAAUUUGUUAAAGGUUUCGUUAAUGUUAUGGUAUUGAUCAUUAGAGUUUUGGACUGAACAGCAACAUGACGUUAAACCAAAAACAAAAAACAAAACAAAACCAGUUCAAAACAUCUGUUUUUAUAAUUUCAUUUCCAUCAUCGUCAAAA